AUGGUCGUCAACACGGCAGUUCGCGUCUCGACACCGUCGCCAACGGAGCAACCGCAGUUCUCUUCCGGGAGUCCCGGCGACCAGCAGUUCACCGCGAACCGCCGCGGGUAUUGGUCCUUCCAUCCGUUCCCGGUAACUCCGCACCAACACCAGCAGCACCAUCCCCGAUUCCUGUACACGAUGUACUCGCCCAGCUUCAAUCCGUACUCCUCGGGGCCAGCGGCCUCGCUCGACGGUCCACCGUAUCCGGUUUACUCCAGUGCGCCGGACAUGUCCCAAGGGUACGGGACCAAGUACGGACCACCCUCGAGCGGACCCAGCAGCUAUGGACCGCCAAGUGGCCACGGUGGAGGAUCCUCGUACGGACCACCCCCGUCCUCGUCCGGUGGGUACGACUACCAUCCGGCACCGCCCCAGCCGGCCCACCAUCACCACCACUCGCACACCUCGAUUCCGGUGCACUUUUCCUCGGGAAAGUCCAAAAAAGGCAAGGGAGGGGCGCUGUCGGCGUUGACGCUGUUGGCGUUUCUGUACUUUCUGAACCUGCUGCAGAGUUGUUUGAAGGAGCACAUGGACACGAUGAAUCCGACGGUCAUGGUAAUGACGGCCGGUGCCACCCGGCGGAAGGACUUCGGUUCGGUGUUGCUGACCGGACAGGAUGGAACCGACGCGGAACUGGCCGCCGAUGAGCAGGACGAAGAUGAAGGAGAGUACGAAGUGGGUGGCGGUUACGCAGCGAAUGACGACGAGAAGUAUCACCUGCUGACGUCUAGCAAGACCAAUCGAACGCGGGGUGGCCAAAGCUUCUUCGGUGGAGGAGGUACUCACUAUCGGCGAACCAAGCAGAAUCAACGUGGACGGGAGGAUCAGAGAAAAAAGGACAGAAAUCGUCAGUACUAUCGGGAGGAGGAAGCGGAAGAGGUGUAUGAAGAGUAUUGAUUAUAGCU